AUGAUUAAAGGUACCACAGAAGGCGAGUCAAUCAGCGUCUGGUUCAUGGGAACGAGAAGAGAUGCCUGGGUGGCGGAGUCGCUAAAGCAAAAGACACCACAGUACUUGAAUAUCGGAGAACCUCACCAGUGCUUUCUAAUCAUCAUUUGCGAAGACAGCUUAUUUCCAACAGCUGAGGAUCUCCAGCAGUUCGCCAAACUGCCAAUGCUUCGGGAGAUUGAGACGACGAGGACAGUGCCGAUAAACCAUGACGAUGCGGAUGGCACCCCUGCCGAUGGUAAAGAAGUGCAGAUUUGCGAUGUUUACGGCAGGAUCGAAAAAUUCAGCAUUGAAUGUUCUACAGAAGGCGAGCUAAUUAAAGUUUGGUUCAAGGGGCGACACGAACGGCCUAGCUGGCGCGAUCGCGCAAGCAGUCACAAAACAUUGACGCCGACUUCUAGGAGAGGAACAGAACCUGGAUAUCAAAUAGGUACCUCCCGGAGAAAGAACAGACUCCGGUUACUGAAGAGAGAAAUCUCGAGCAGAAACAGACUUUGUUAUUGGAUUCGGGGUUCAGGGAAUGAAUAUACUUUGGAUACUACAGACCUGAUUUCAGAGAAGAGCGGGCUUUGGUUGUUAGGGACGGAGUUUUGGAGCAGGACCUGGCCAAUGGAAGUGAGAAGGUUCGAAGUGGACUACGUCAAGUCUAUGAGCUUGUGCGAGGGCGCAUGA